AGAAAAAAUAGUUGUCAAAGUGCAGUGCGUAAGAAAGAAAUUCAACUGCAACAUAAAUUGCAUGCCAUAAAACGAUUUGAGCGAGUUGAAUGAAAUGAAGAGACUCGUUUAUAUUUUCUGAUGAACCAGCAUGUAAAGUUUAAUUAACAACGUAAACAAAACACACGUGAAAACACUUCAUUUUGGAGAGCUUGUGAUAUCUUGAUGACCCUGAGACUUGAGCUUCUUAAAACAGGGAAGUGAAUAGGUGGAUAGCGUGUUUUGUGCAUUAUAAUGGCUGGUGAAAUAAAGAUGGGAACGAGUCCUCAGGUUUCCAAAAUAUUUUUAUCUUUAUUCAACAACAUAAAAAAUGGUUUUUCUCAUGUUGCAAAGCAGUAUCCUGGGUUCAUACCGGUUGUAAAUGUGAUACAGAACACUUCAGAUUGCUCAAUUUCAUCUGUUUUCUCAUCAUACAUUGCACCUGAGUGUGGAAUAAAAGUACAUUGUAUCGCUAUUCCAGCAAACUCGGACAACAAUUUUAUUAAAAACUUGAUCUCCAAAUGCAAUGUAGAUCCAAACAUCCAAGGAGUUUUACUUGAGUUGACUGAUGAUUUGGAUUGUGAUUUCUUUUAUGAUGCUGUUUUGCCUAGUAAAGAUGUAGGAGGAGUGAACCAUGUUAAUAUUAACAAUAUCAACAAAAAGCAUUGUGGUGAUGUAAUUCUUCCAUGUACAGCCUCUGCACUUUUUGAACUUUCUAAAGAAUUUCCUUUAAAAGAUUCCAAAGUUCUAUUAUGUGGGAAACAAAAUUUUGUUCAUCCUAUAGUACAACUUUUAUUGCAUGAAAAUGCAGCAGUAACUGUUGCUAGAUCGGAAACGGAGAAUAUUUCUUUGAAGGUUAAGGAUGCAGAUAUCGUAAUAUCAGCAACAAACACAUCAAGCGCUUGGAAAGAGUUUUUGAAACCAAAUGGCUUGUUCAUUGAUUGCAGUGUAAGCUCUGAAAAAGGUGACAUUGAAAAAAUCCAAGGCAAAUAUAUUUCCAAAAAUGAUUUUCAAAACUUGACAGCUUUGAUGAUUGCUCAAAACUUGCUUGUUUCAUCAAAAUCAUUACUUGCGGGGAAAUGGAACUUGAGCAGUCGUCCAAUAAAUUUUGGACCACCUGGUUUAAGUGAUAUUGAAAUUGCAAGAUCUCAAACGCUAAAGGAUAUAUCAGUCCUAGCUUCAGAAAUAGGCCUUCUACCACAUGAAAUAGAGCUUUAUGGGGAUAAAAAAGCUAAAGUACACCUGUCUGUCUUAGAGAGAUGUAAGUACAGAUGUCCUGGGAAAUAUGUAGUGGUUGCAGGAAUAACACCUACUCCAUUGGGUGAAGGAAAAAGUACAACCACCGUAGGAUUAGCUCAAGCUUUAGGAGUACAUUUGAAAAGAAAUGUUAUUGCUUGUUUGCGGCAACCUUCUCAAGGACCAACCUUUGGAAUUAAAGGUGGUGCUGCUGGUGGGGGAUAUUCUCAGGUAGUGCCAAUGGAAGAUUUCAAUCUGCAUUUGACUGGGGACAUUCACGCCGUUACUGCAGCAAACAAUUUGCUGGCUGCACAGAUUGAUGCUCGAAUGUUUCAUGAAGCAACUCAAAGCGAUGAGGAUCUGUUUAAAAGAUUAAUAAAAGUAACAAAAGGCAAAAAGGAAUUCUCUAAAAUCCAACUUGCUCGUUUACAGAAACUAGGUAUUGAUAAAACUGAUCCAGAUGAUCUAACUGCUGAUGAACGUAGACGUUUUGCUCGUCUGAACAUUGAUCCUACAACCGUAACUUGGCACAGAGUUUUGGAUACCAAUGAUCGGUUUUUGCGUAAAAUAAUGGUUGGUAUGGCUGCAACUGAGAAGAAAAUGACUCGAGAGACCCAGUUUGACAUAGCUGUUGCUAGUGAGAUUAUGGCAAUAUUGGCUUUGACGUCGGACAUGGCAGAUAUGAAAACGAAACUUGGAAAAAUUGUCAUUGGUAAUGAUACUGAAAAAAAUCCUGUCACUGCUGAUGAUUUGGGUGUUACUGGAGCACUGGCAGUUUUACUAAAAGAUGCCAUACGGCCUAAUUUGAUGCAGACUUUAGAAGGGACUCCUGUACUUGUGCAUGCAGGGCCAUUUGCAAACAUUGCACAUGGAAACUCAUCCAUCAUUGCAGAUAAACUAGCUUUAAAAAUUGUCGGGGAGGGUGGAUUUGUGGUCACUGAAUCUGGUUUUGGUGCAGACAUUGGCUUUGAAAAGUUUUGUGACAUUAAGUGUCGUUAUUCAGGCCUAGAACCAGAUUGUGUAGUAAUUGUUGCUACUAUAAGAGCCUUGAAAUUGCAUGGAGGAGGACCUAAUAUACCAGCUGGAGCACUUCCUAAGGCAUACUCAGAAGAGAACAUUGAACUAGUUGAGAAAGGAUUUUGUAAUUUGAAGAAACACAUACAGAUCGCAAGUACCUUUGGAUUACCUGUUAUUGUUGCUCUAAAUCGUUUUGGAUCUGAUACAGAUGCCGAGUUAAAUCUGGUAAAAGAGCUUUCAAACAAAAGCGGAGCUUUCCGCUGUGUUAUCUGCAGCCAUUUUUCUGAAGGUGGUAAAGGUGCAAAAGAAUUAGCUGAGGCAGUUAUUGCUGCAACUGAACAAAGCUCCAAAUUCCAGUUUCUGUAUGACUUGAAUCUUUCUAUUGUAGAUAAAAUUACAAUUAUUGCAAAACAAUAUGGAGCUGAUGGAAUCCAGCUGACACCUCAAGCGGAAGAAAUGAUCAAUCUGUUUGAAUCACAGGGUUUUGGUAAGCUGCCUAUAUGCAUGGCAAAAACUCCACUGUCCUUAACAGACAACCCCGCAAAGAAAGGAGCUCCUGAAAACUUCAUUUUGCCAAUAACUGAUGUCAAGCUAAGUGCAGGCGCAGGCUUUGUGUACCCUCUAGUUGGAGCAAUAAUGACGAUGCCUGGUUUAUCAACACGGCCUUGCUUUUAUGAUAUUGACAUAGAUCCGGACACUGGAAAUAUUGAAGGCUUAUUUUAAAUGAUAUGUCAUGAGCGUUAAAAGAUGUUGACUAACUGACCUUCGAAACAAGGCCAUUUGACAAUCAACAAGUAAACAUUAUUUUGAUUCCAGAACUGAUAAAAAUGUUAAUUUUUAUUUUUGUAUUAAAA